AUGGCCAACGUCUCACCAGAACAACUAGCCUCCCUACGGGGCCAAUACAAUCUCUUCACCCAAAAGCCAGCAUCCACAGACUCUGCAGAAGAAACAAAGCCACUCCCAAAGGGCGUAGUCCUCGAUAAAGAUGGAAAACCCUGCCGAACCUGUACCUCCGUCUCCUCCUGGCGCGCACUCACAAAACAAUCGCAAUCGCAAUCGCAAUCCCAAUCCCAAUCAAAACCCGAUAACUCUACCUCCCCUCUCUCCUCCCCAGCAGACAAAGUGACAGUAUCAACCACUGGCCUCGCCGCGCCAGCCUCAGCCUCCGCAUCAACAACACCCACCGACUGUCCUCCAGACGUUGAAGAACUGGGUCGCUCAACUUGGACCCUUCUGCACUCGAUGGCAGCUACGUAUCCUGAAAAGGCGGAUACGGCACAACAAGCCGAUAUGCAGGGGUUUCUGAAGUUUUUCUCGAAGUUGUACCCGUGUUGGGUUUGUGCGGAUGAUUUUCAGAAUUGGAUGGCGCAUCCUAGUGGGAGGAAUCAGCCGCAGCUUGGGGGGAGGAAGGAGUUUGGGUGGUGGAUGUGUGAGGCGCAUAAUGAGGUUAAUCGGAAGUUGGGGAAGAAGGAGUUUGAUUGUCGGUUUUGGGAGGAGAGGUGGCGGACUGGAUGGAAGGAUGGGAGAUGUGAUUAA